ACAGGGUGCACCUCUGAGAACAAACCAACCAUGCCUAGCUCAGUCGCAUUGCGUUUUCUCUUCUCUUGGGUGGCCCUCCUCUCCAGCCUCCAUCAGGGGGAGGGCCGGCCCCGCCUGGCCAAAGACAGUACACCCCACCUGGGACAAGAGGAGAGCCAGAGGGCCCUGCUCCUGGAGGCAGUGAAGACAGGCAUCUUGAGCUCCGUGGGGAUGGAGAAGGAGCCCAGGCCCAGGGAAUCGGCUUCAGAGGAGGAGCUGAGGAGGAUGCAUCAGCUCUACAGGGAAACACUGAGACAGCUGACAGGGAACUCCAGUCAGGGGGGGAAAUCCCGGCAUUCCCCUUGUAGGAGAUCCACCCUGCUUCUCCCAGUCACAGUGGAGCCUUUCAAAGUGCUUCGGACUGAUGAGGAACACACUUCAGAUGUGCUUUGGUACAGAGCUGUCUUCCACAAGAACCCAAACAUCAGGAAGGAUCUCACUUUGGCCUGGGCUGAGCUGAAGCUCUACAGACAAUUGUUGGAUGGCUCGAAAGCUGCCGAGCCCAAGAUUAGUGAAGAGGUUCAUGUUAAGAUCUAUGAGACGAAACCGCUGAACUCUUCUCUAUUGAUUCACACAGAGACCCUUGUUCAGACGGUCGCUACAAGAACUGGAGAUUUGACUUUGGACAUCAGAACUGUUGUUGAAAAGUGGAGAGGGAGGACGGACGGCCCCUCUCUGGUUGUGGAAGUAGGACUGGCCAUCGAAGAGGGUACUGAUCCCAAGAGGACCCCUCAGAUGGUCCUGGAGGUAGACCUUGUAGAGCCUAGAUCAGCAGGCAGAAGGAGACGGACUCGCUCCAACAAAGAAGACAACUGCGAUGAAGACGGUCGCUGCUGCCGAAAGUCUGUCAACGUGUCCUUCAAGGAGAUUGGCUGGUCAGACUGGGUCGUUGCCCCCGAUGGUUACAACAUGCACUUCUGUGACGGCUCCUGCCCCCACAACUACAAGCCAGCUAGCAUGCACGCGCAGGUGAAGUCUCGUCUUCAUCACAUCAACAAGGGAGCAACACCUCGGCCCUGUUGUGUGCCGGCAGCCUAUGAACCUAUGGUCCUCAUGCACUACGACAGUCGGGGAAAGUUGAAGCUCACACCCUUCAAUGACUUGAUUGUCAGCAAAUGCCACUGUGCUUGAGUUCUUCGGGACAAGACCAGGCAAGGACAAAAAAAGAGAGUUGGAACAAACUUUUUCCUUUUGCCGAGCCAUUAGAUACAAUGUGCUAGUGGUACAUUCUGAAAUAGAAGGGAUACUGUUUUCAAAGGAAGUAAGAAAAUAACAGUUGUCAUGCUCAAUUAGUGACAUUCCUAAUGUCCUUUUCAAUGGUUAAACAAACAAAAAUACCCAACAUCAUCCAUCAUCCAUGGAUUCUGAGAGCAAAAAUAGGUUCAUUGUAAACAAUUCAAGUUACUGUGGAGUGAUGAUUCUGAUAUGUACUAUUUUAUUUGGAAGAUUACACUUAUGUUAGUCUCAUGUGGCCCGUAAUGUCAUAUUCUUCCAAGACUAUGUACAAAAUUACAUUAUGUAUUGUAAUUUAUUUAACAGUGUCUAAAACAUAUUUGUAUUGUUUGUAGUUUCCAAUGUUACAAUAUUUAGUAUGUUCCUUACAUCACUGUACUUUAAAUAUAUAUUCAAUUGAAUUUAAUGCUAUGUACAGUAUUAUUUCCAAACAUUUUGGAAGUUUGUCCAGAGAAAAUAUACUAUUCUUUAACAUUUCAAUAAUAGUAGUAUGGAUAUUACUACUGUUUAUGUUGGGUCGUUGUGCCUGAAUCCAUCUGUACACAAACUUUACAAUAAAUA